CACAUCUCUAUCUCUCAUGAAGCCAACAGUACUUAUAGCCACCCUUCACUCUCCCAAAAACGCUCCUUCACUCCAUCAUCACUUUCCUCUUUGACAUUUCCCGUAAACACUUUCGUAGACCACUCUAAAACUCACCUGAACUCUAAUGGCAAGACCACAACAACGGUUCCGAGGCGUGAGGCAGAGACAUUGGGGCUCUUGGGUCUCUGAAAUCCGCCACCCUCUGUUGAAAACAAGAAUCUGGCUCGGGACUUUUGAGACUGCGGAAGAUGCGGCAAGGGCCUACGACGAGGCGGCUAGGCUAAUGUGUGGCAAUAGAGCUCGUACCAACUUCCCUUACAACCCAAACGCCAUUCCUUCUCCCUCUUCUACGCUACUCUCCGCUACUCUCACCGCUAAACUCCACAAGUGCUACAUGGCUUCUCUUCAGCUGACCAAACAAACGCAAACGCAGACUCAAACACAGAUGCAGAAUGCGAGAUAUGACGGCGUCAUGAAUGUGACGUGUGACGGUAAUCAGUAUAACAGGGGAGGAGGAGGAGGAGUAACGGAGAUCAAGUGGGAAGAUGCGGAUAUGCAACAUAAUUUAAGGCCCUUAGAGGAAGAUGAUAUCGAGCAAAUGAUCGAAGAGCUGCUUCACUACGGUUCCAUUGAGCUCCGCUCUGUUUUACCUACGCAGUCGCUAUGAGAAACGGCCCGGCCCUGUCGUUUUUAAGCGUUAUUCUUUUAAUUUUAUUUAGUUAUAUUUUCCUUCAACCAAACGGCGUCGUUAUGAGAUUAGUAGUGAGGGAAAAGGCUAAUUCCAAGACAUUUGAUCUGAAUUGGCCUCUUUUGAAACACUCAUUCUAGUUUCUACAAGAGCAAUCGAUCAUAUGCUAUGUAAUGUAUAGUAUUUUUAUGAUAUGAAAACAUGUUAUGAAUUUAUUUGCAUCA